AUGACCCGUUGGGCCCUUAUUGCUCCCCUCCUGCUGGGCCUGUUCGUCCACAGUGCUGUCAGUGAAGAGGCGGAGGACCCUGCUGCCACCGCAGCUCCACCACAGGGCCAGGCCUCUGAUGGCACACAGGCGGAGGACGAGAAUGCAGAGUGGGGAAUGAACUCCCUCAGAGACAGCUUUGAGUCAGUCGGCGGAUACUUUGAUUCGAUGCUGGAGUUCAUGGGUGGACGUGAUGGAGUGUGCCAAUACCACUGUCGAUAUGGAAAAGAUCCUCUUCCUCGUGCUGGCUACCAAAUGCCGGAGCCUGAUGGAUGUAGCUCCUACUUCUUUGGUCUUCCUGUGCCAGAGGGGAUGGAUAUGGGCAUCCCAGCCAUGACCAAGUGCUGCAAUCAGCUGGAUAUGUGUUACGACACCUGCGGCUCCAACAAGUACCGCUGCGACUCCAAGUUCCGCUGGUGCCUCCACAGCAUCUGCUCGGACCUCAAGAAGAGUCUUGGCUUUGUGUCAAAAGUUGAAGCAUGUGAAACAGUAGCGGACACCUUGUUCAACACAGUGUGGACUCUGGGCUGCAGAUCCUACAUGAACGGCCAGAGAGCAUCAUGCUUCUGUCAAGGAGAGGAGAAAGAUGAACUUUAAAGCAUGAAACGCUCUCCUAUUUAUAUAACGGAUCAA